AUGAACAGAGUUUGUGGAAUAAACCGGAACUCAAGGCCACCGCCGCUACUAGGCAAGGUCGGGGGCGUACAAAAGCGAAAGUUGGAACCACAACUUGAAGAUGUCAACGCUCUGCCAAUGUCCUCCGAAGAUGAGGACGAAGCUGACAAUGGCAUGCCGUCCAUCACGAACUUGAGGUUAAGACCAGGUCGCUCCAAGAACCAUACACCUCUGGAGCCGUCUGAUGAUUCUGAGCCAGAAAAGCCAGGCCGGGGCGACAUAACGCGAGUAAAUUUCUCCAAACCGAGCACUGACAAGGCUCGGAAGAUUUCUACACGGAAUGUAAAUCAGAAGGAAUACAAGAAGUCACUGGUUGAAGACACCGAUCAUAACUCGUCCUCGAGUGCCAAACGACGGAAACUGGGUGACAAAUCGGGGAGCGGCUCAACAUAUCAAUUCGAAACCCCAGAAGGAUUUGCCAAGAACCACAAAGCCAAAAGCAAAUACGGUGGCAAGUCUGGAGCAUCACAGGCUUCCCGAGGGUCGCAAACGUCCGGUAGUUCACAAAAGUCACAAACUGGAAAAGGUUUAUUGAGUUGGCAACCAUCCCGCGUAGGGAAGACAAAGGAGCCGGAACGCGAGGCUGUAUUCAAUGAGGUCGAAAAACACGACUUCUCUGAUAGCUCUCAGACAACCGAUAGACCGACUUUCAAGCCUACCUUACGGGAAACCUUCAGUCCAACCAAGCCCCGCAGCAAGUUGAAGAGUGUACCUCGGGAUGACUAUGGAACUCCCGAGAAAAAGACAAAGAAAGGCAUUGUAUUGCCGAAACGUGAACCAUCUUCUCCCAGCGACGACGCGAAAAGACGUACUCCGAGUCUUUCGCAAGACAAUGAUCCUAGUAAGAAACCCUCGUCGUCUCAAAAUCGGGGAAGCAUCUGGGAUAAAAGAGAGAUGGAAAAACGCAAGGCAAAAAAGGCGAGGGAGGCGAAGGAGCAGUCUUCCCAGGACAAGCGUGCGAAGUUUAUCAUGCCUAUUGGCAUCGAUACUGAUCUGGGUACUGAGCAAGCCGGUAGCGUUUCAUCGCCCAUUUUAUCAGACCUAGAUCUACUCAGCGAUGCAGAAUCCAACAACGAGAUGCCUCUUGAAAACGAGGAGAACUUGGAGGACGGCAUGGCACAAUGUCCUUGGUGCGGUGAACAAGUUUUAGAGCAGGCUCUCAAAGACUAUUCCAAGGGCAAGAGAUUGAACGUGCAAAUGCAGACCAGGUUCUGUGCAAAGCACAAGAAAGAAACGGCUAUGGAGACAUGGCGUGAAAGAGGCUAUCCGCAUAUCGAUUGGGAUCGUCUUGAGGAACGGCUGGAUGAUCAUCGAAACUACUUAACCAGAAUCGUUGAUGGAAAACAGUCACAUUUUCGCGACAUCCUGGCGGAAAAGGUUGAGACUGGUCAGGGCAGAUCACUCAAGAAGGAGGGGAAUCUGAAUCCGGGAUACUACGGCCCACGAGGCUGCAAGCUUAUGUGCGAUUACCUUGUAGAGGAAUUUGGGGAAUCCUUGAAGGAGAAAGCCACAAAAGACCGUGUCAUUUCUGGGCGUGGUUCGGCGGCUUUUAUCCAGUCGGUCCUGGUUGCGGAGCUUGCUGUACAACUGAUCAUGGAGGAUAUGGAUGUGUCUGGUGCCGAGGCACGAGAGAUUAUGGAGGAGAGCAAGACACUUGGGGAGUUGAUACACGAGGAGGUAUGA